UUAUUUCCUAUCUCAGACUUCAUUGAGAAGAAGACUUUUCUUUCAUGUAUACGGCUCCCUCUCAAGUAUAAAUCCCAAACUCCCUCGAGGCACGAUGACCACCCGUUAGUAAAAAAUAGAGUAGAUUACGUUUGACUUUUUCACGACGAACAUACGAAUACAUUGGUUCCACAAAUUAGCAGCAGCCCCGACUGUUUGCGUUUGAGCGUUCGUUCAAUCCCGGCAAUCCACCUACUCCGCCGCUGUUGGCCAUUCCCAUCUUGAUCCCGUUCGAUUCGUUCGUGACAUCGAUUUCUCCGCUGACGAUUUUUCCAUGAAUGUUCUCGGCCGUGUUGAUGAAUGCAGGUUCGACGUUGUAUGCUGUUUUGGCGGAUGUUUCCAAAAAGAUCAACCCGUUGGCCUCGGCAAAUGCCUUUCCUUCUUCGGUGGACACGGCCCUGCGGUGCUCGAGAUCGUUCUUGUUUCCGAUCAGCAUGAUUACCAUAUUGGACUGGGCGUGCUGGCGCGCCUCCUCGAGCCACCGCGACAAGUGCUGGAAGGUGUCUCUCCGGGUUAUAUCGUAGACCAAGAGGGCUCCUGCAGCGCCUCGGUAAUACGACCGGGUGAUACUUCGAAAGGAUUCCUGUCCGGCCGUAUCCCAGAUUUGCAACUUCACGAGUUUGUCACUGUCCAAGUUCACCAUUCGUGCACCGAACUCGACCCCGAUGGUCAAGUCGUGAACUGGUUGGAAUCGCUUGUCCGUGAACUGCAACAGCAGACAGGACUUUCCAACCCCUGCGCAAUUUUUCCACACGAGAUGCCGACACCAUUCGGAUUAUUGCAAUCAUUUAUUUGCACAAGACGAUGUGACGCAACAGAAAAGCACGGAGAUUAGAUUUUCGUUUGAUUCGACGGCGAACAAGGAUUGCACUGUCAUCGUAGCAAUAGAAACAUGACCGAGCC